UGUGUUUUUUACUAUGUUUCUUGUGUUUCUUAGGCUUGUCAUGUGCAGGCGACUCCAUCUUUGUUUACACCGGAGGUGGAAAGCGAUAAAUUUAUCUCUCGUGUCCCCACUUUUUUUUUUUUUUUUUUAAAGGUUUCAAAUACGAUACUGGGGCAGCCAGGCCAAUGCAUAUGAUAGAAUUUGACAUGUGGACAUUUUUUAUGACUGAUCAAAUUCAUAAGCAAAAUAUUUGCUACAGUGCUUAAAUUUGAAUAAAAAAAAUAUAUCUUUAUCGAUUAUUUUUAUUUUUAGCGGCAUUUUCAAAAUGUCGGCAGAAAUGGAUGAGUUGGAAAAAUCGACAGAGGAGAUUCACGAGUUAAUAAAUACAGUUGAAAAUCACAGAUAUUUUGAAGAUGCUGAAAGGAUUGAUGGAAAAGAAUUGACUGCAAAGUCAGCUCAACUCAAAGAGCUAAAGAUGCAUAUCAAAGAGGCAUUCUCAGUGCAGACAGUGUCCAAGGAAAUGUUCCUGAAGUAUCUUGGUCAAAACAUGAGUAGUUGGCCAACUCAAAAUCACCAAGUGGAUAAGCAGGUGUUGGAGAUUUCCAAUCAGAUAAAAUCCUGUAAAACAUCCAUUGACCAAGAGAAGGCUGUUGCUGAGGAACUGGUGGCUUGUGCAGAAGAGAGUUAUGCAAAAUUGAAGACAAGCCUAUCAGAAUUAAAGGAAGUAUUGAAAAGACAUCAAAAGCAGAAAGAGAUACAGGACUUGAGGACAGUUGAAGUGGAAGUCCCAGAGAAUAUCAAGGAAGCCAUACAAGAACUGAAAGAAGCAAGAAAACAAGUAGAGUCAGAAACUGCGUUACGUCGGACGUCACUAGCGGAGGCUAAAGCUUGUCACGACAAACUACAGCAAGACGUACUAGCCCUCAAGGAAAAGAUCGGCAAACAGGAAGAGGAUAGAGGAAAAUCUCACACCAUUACAUUAAAGAGGACUGCAGUCCUAAAGGAAAAAAUCAAACAGAAUACAGAAGUGCUGGAAUAUGUGAAAAGUUUGUCGGGUCUCCGAGUGCUUCCUACAGAGUAUCCAGAUACCAUUCGACUGGAAUUUAGUCAAAGACAAGAUGGAGAUCUUAGUCUUCAUCUCACAAUGCAUCUAGCAGCAGAUCACUGUGGUAGAGUGUAUCUAAAGGGGGCUGAGGUGGAUAACCAGUCACUGUCCUCGGAGGAUCUGAUUGAACCUGCAGUGGAGUGGAAUGAUCCGGUUUUACUGGUUCAGUCCCUGCGGGAGCGAUGGAUUGCCUACUAUCCCAUUGUGUCAGAAAUCAAAAAGCUUUCACAGAGGCAUGCUGUAGACUGGAUCCAGAAGGAAGGUGUAGUGAGGAUCCUUUUAGGGAAAAGGGGAACGGUCAUCUGCACCCUUUCAGUGCCCCAGUCCUACCCCUGGGAGGGGAGCGUAUCUCUCAUCAGUGUGACUGGUGGACACGGGGAAGAUAAUGCCAUGGAAGUGGAUGAAUCAGAAAAGAAAAAAUCACUGCAGCAAUGGGUGGAUUAUUUGGAGAAAAAAUACGAAAACUCCUGAUACCAAAGAAAGGGGUCAAAGUAGUAUUGCUUGUAUAUGUGAUGGAAAUAUCUUCGGAAGCCACUGGGGAGAAUUUUACUUUGUAAAUAUCAACAGUGAAUAAGAUUUGAAUGUGAAAGACUGCACAUCAAAACGAAAAUGGAGAAGCUGUUUUCUCAUAUGUAAAUUGUUCUCAUGUAAAACACCUUGUACUGAAAUAAAAAAAACAUUAAUCCUAGUUAUUCUCAUAUUAAAAAAUAAAUAAGAUUUUUUUU